AUGGAGACGACAGGAGAUACUGCAGAAACGGACUAUACAAAUAUAAAAAUAACUGUCAUCCGUGGAAAUAACCUGCAAGGAAAAAAGACAGACGGCUUCCAGAGUUUUCUGCAGGUUCAGGUGGAUGAAAAUGUGCUGGGAGAGUCAGACAGGAAGCAGGUCGACCCGGUGGAGCAGCGUGUUGAUUAUGACUUUACCUGCAGCUUUCACUGUUCCAAUAACACUCAGGCUCUCAGUGACCUCGCCCAUAAACCCAUCAUAUUGACAGUGAGAGAGGUCCUGCCCGAGGAGAAGAAAGCUGAGGCGAAAACAGCCGUGCUGGGCCAAGCUGUGGUGGACCUGCUGCCGCUGCUACAAGGUCAGUGCAGCUUUUCGUCCACAGUUCCACUGAAUCCAGUGUACAGCCCCUCAGCCAAAGCUUCUUCCCAGGACAUUGGCUCAAAGAGCAGGCUGAAUGUGGAGGCAGCAUGUAGGGCCAGACACAAGCAGGUGGCCAACCAAGUCAUCCCAAAGUGGAGGAGUCAGCAACCGACCUUGGAUGUGUGUGUCAGUGUGACGGAUCCAUUGCUGUCUGAGACUGAACUCUCAGGCUCCAACCUGCUGAGGGUAACCAUGGAGACAGCCUUCUCCAUCCCUGAGCCGUGGACGCUGCAGUCUGGCCCCACCCCCCCUCCCUGCACAUACACUGCUGCCAUGGAGGUCCCGCUGACUGCACAGAAAGAUCAGGUGCUGGUGUUCUGUGAGGGGCAGCUGAAGGCAGGGGGACAGAGGGAGGAAACGGGCCGACAGAAGAAGAGGCCCCAUCUAGCGCUGCUGGUCCCGGGGAAUCACUUCCUGCCUGCUGUCUUUUCCAAGGAAGAGCACUUCGAACAGGAGGACGGCCAGCUGACUGGCCUAGAGGACCGGGAGUUUCGUGAUGAGUCCGAGUCCACUAAGAGCAGGGUGAGCUGGGACACUGAGAUGUGCUGCUUCCUGGAUGCAGGAGGAACUACCAGGCUUCGGCAGAAGAUCACUGAGUGUAGACUGUGGCCGCUGGAGAUUACGAGGGCUUUGGCUCCGAUGACAAAAGCAGCAGAGAACAAGACGCUAGCAAAGGAGGCCCAAGAGAUCCCCUUCCAUGGAAUUGCGUAUGUGGACAUGGGACGGCUGCUGUAUCCUGGAGUCAGCCGCAUCCGGGGAGCAUACAGCAUACUUCCCUUCUCCGAGGCUGAGUUGCUGAAAAAGGCCAAGCGGAGUGUCAGUGUGUUAAAGGAGCAGGCCAAGGCUGCAGCCAAUCAGCGCCAAGCUAGAGCUGCCUCCGCUGCAGGCUCCCACAAGGCCAAAGCAGGCAGGAACUCUGAUGGGAGGGGAGCGAAGGAUUCCAAGGAGCCAGCCAAAAAGGUCAGCAAGCAACCUGGUAAUCAGAGCAGGACGGCUGCAGCCGACGGCGUGGCCGACACUUUGGCUGAAACUGAACCCCACGUCAAUAUAGAGGGAAAUAUGUAUUUGGAGGCCAGAACCUAUAUUAUCAUUGAUAUAGCCUUGGAGAAACCGCUGGUACCCAAAACAUCUUUGGAGGAGCUCUCUAGAAGAGUGAAAGCGUUGAUUCCACCCAGAUCUCCACUUCCACCGGGUCAUAGCAGAGCAGAGAGAGCAGUGCUGGACUUUCACAGGCAGGUAGGCAGCGUGGUGACCCAUGUUUCUGACCAGCAUGAGGAAUUGUUCGGAUCGAGAUGCAAGGUGCCUGAAGGCAGCAGCCGGGAGCAGAUGAUGGUUCAGCUGAUGGGGUCGCUCAAUGUCUCUGGGAGAUACUUUGCUUUCAAGGAACAGUUGAAGCAUGCAGUGGUGAGGAUUGUACGAGACAAAAUGCAGAGGACAGAACCAUUCACUGACCCUCAGGAGCUGAAGGCUUUUGUCAGCAAGCUCUACGUGUACCUGGUGGACGAGAUGCACACAGCUAUAAACAAGAUCUAUUCAGAUGACAUCAAUGAUGACUCCCCGGAUGAGAUCCAGUUGAGUUCUUCUCAGCUCAGACAUUUUUCCAGAGAGGCUCAGCUAACUGGGGAUUAUCAGCAGGCUGUUCAGUACUACCAAGAGCUGGUGGUGAGGCAUCCCGGUGAGCCAUCCCACACAUUUGAGUGGGGAAGCCUCUACAUGAGGACUGGAGACUACAUGAAGGCUAGAGAGUGUUACCAUGACGCUGUUGCCAUCCAACAGGCACACCAACCAAGCCUGAUGAUGUGUGGGGUCUUGGCAGCGAUGUCUGAGCAUCACGAGGAGGCUCAGAUCUUCCUGGAGAGAGCUGCCAGCUUAGACCCACACAGUGUGGUGGCAUGGACGCUGCUGGGGUUGAUUCAUGAGAGCCAGAACGAAUCCAUCCUGGCAGAGAGGGCUUUUGUGGAGGCCAGAAGGCAGCUGAGGGCAAAAGAAGCAAAGGAGCAAACACAGAGUGAGGAGGAGGAACAAGACAAGGAGGAGAAAAAUGAGAAAGAGAACGACCAGCGAGAGGAGGAGGACGUGGCCCCGCCUGCAUGCCCGGCUCCUGCUGUUAAGAAAGACCCCGAGGCUGGAGAGCAGGACCCAGAGGUGCAAGGAGAGCCUCCAGUACAGAGUGUCAGCUCCAGAUCAGCUUCAGCGAAACUCUCCUCCUCCUCCAUUUACACAGAGACAGUUCAGUUCCUGCUGCAGCACUCUGCCCUGCAGAUGGCGGGGCAGGCUCUGUCCCUGCAGCUGCUGUGCUCACACGGGGGUCGCAGCGGCUCCUAUCUUCUCCAUCUGGCCCGGCUGCAGAUGCUCAGAGGAGACUACUGCAGUGCUGCAGCCAGCCUGCAGGAGGUGCUGAUCCACAGAGAACAGGAUGUGGAUGCGUGGGCUAUGAAUGGUCACUGUCUCCAUCUGCGGGGAGAGGUCAGUGACGCACAGGAGAGCUAUGAGCGGAGCCUGAACUUCCUGCAGCAGCCUUCAGACCCCCACCUGGUCCUCCUCCAGCUGGGCUCCAUCUACCUCCAACAGAGAAAGUUUGAGCAAGCCAAAGUGGUCUACCUGCAGGCCUGCGAGCAGUCGCCGUCCUGCCUGACCUGGCUGAACCUGGGCAUCGCCUGUUACCGGCUGGAGGAGCUGUGUGUAGCUGAGGAAGCGUUGACCGAGGCCAACCAUCUGAACACUCAGAACGCAGAAGUGUGGGCUUACCUGUCUCUGAUCUGCCUCAAGUCUGGCAGACAAGAGGAGGCAGAGCAGUUUUAUAAGUAUGCAACACGGUUCCACCUGCAGAAGGAGUCGCUGCUCAAAGAGCUCAGUGAGCUGAAGGAUCAGCUCCGCUUCUCUCAUCUGCAGUCAUGCUUCGGAACAAGCUCAUAAAUCACAUGACCAAGUACAUUUUAG